UUGCCAUUCGUCAUUCUUCCAUGUGGAAGUAAAGUUGCAUCGGAUUGUCGCGUACGAAGAGUUGAUACUAGUUGGAGUCCAAUUAAAAGCAAUAUUUUACGUUAACAAUAUAAUUCAAAUAAUAUAAGAGUGUAGUUUUUCACUACGAUUUGUCUACAAGCAAGGAGGCGAUCAACAUAACAAAAAUCUAAGUUCAUGCAGCGCAGUAAGAGAGACGAAUAAAGUGUAAAAGAAAAUCAAUCAUUUUUCUUGUCCGUUUUGACUGACGUAAAGUUUUAAACAACAAAAGGAAUUUCGUAAUAAGUUUUUAAAUAAUAUAUCUGAAUAUAUAAGUUUAAAAACUUUAUUUUCAACUAAUUGCAUUUUAUUUUGCUUGACUUGGUCUGUGUUUGAAAAUACGAGUCGAAGUGAAGCAACAUUCCUGAGCAAGUAAUUUUAGUGACGCUAUAAAAAUUUGCAAAAAAAAAGCGGUAAAAUGAAUCCACAAAUUACGAUGCAAUUAAUUGAGGUGCUGGAAAAGACUGUGUCACCAGAUAAAAAUGAGCUUAUGUCAGCGAAGAACUAUUUGGAGCAUGCUGCGGAUAGUAAUUUGCCGGAGUUCCUUAAAGCUUUAUCUGAUAUUGUAGUUGGUAUAAGCAAUAGUCCUGUGGCUCGAAUGGCAGCUGGUUUGCAACUUAAGAACCACUUGACUAGUAAAGAUGAAAUGAUAAUACAACAAUAUCAACAACGUUGGCAUCAGUUUCCAGAAGAUAUUAGAGAAUACAUAAAGAAAAAUAUUCUUGCUGCAUUGGGUACCGAAAAUACACGUCCGUCGUGUGCUGCACAAUGUGUGGCUUAUGUUGCAGUCGCAGAAUUACCGCUAAACCGUUGGGGCUUAUUAAUACAAACUUUGGUUAACAAGGUUGUUACAGUUGGCUCUAGUGAAAUGGAUCGUGAAGCAGCUUUAGAAGCAAUCGGUUAUAUUUGUCAAGAUAUACGUUUUGGUGUUCUUGAACAUCAAUCGAAUGCUAUUCUAACAGCUAUUAUUCAUGGUAUGCGCAAACAGGAACCAAGUGUACAUGUUCGUUUAGCUGCCACAACAGCUCUAUUGAAUUCUCUUGAAUUUACUAAAGCUAAUUUUGAGCAAGAUAAUGAACGCAAUUUUAUUAUGGAGGUGGUAUGUGAAGCAACUCAAUCCGUCGACACACAGAUUUGUGUUGCAGCUCUACAAUGUCUUGUUAGAAUUUUAUCAUUAUAUUAUCAGUAUAUGGAACCUUAUAUGGCUCAAGCUUUGUUUCCCAUUACAUUAGAAGCUAUGAAGUCAGAUAAUGAUCAAGUUUCAUUACAAGGUAUUGAGUUCUGGUCAAACGUCAGCGAUGAAGAAAUAGAUCUUGCAAUAGAAAAUCAGGAAGCUAAUGAAGCUGGGCGUCCACCUCAACGUGUUUCAAAGCAUUAUGCUCGUGGUGCAUUACAAUUUCUUACACCAGUUUUGGUAGAAAAAUUAACAAAACAAGAUGAAUGCGAUGAUGAAGAUAAUUGGAGUCCACCAAAAGCGGCAUCUGUUUGUUUAAUGUUAUUGGCAACGUGCUGUGAGGAUGACAUCGUGCCUCAUGUGUUUCCAUUCAUUAAAAAUAAUAUCGAAUCUCCGAAUUGGAGAUUCCGUGAUGCUGCUGUGAUGUCAUUCGGUUCAAUAUUAAGUGGUCUUGAAGCAAAUACAUUGAAACCGCUUGUUGAACAAGCAAUGCCAACACUUAUACGUCUUAUGUAUGAUGAAAGUGUUCAGGUGCGUGAUACAACAGCUUGGACAUUUGGACGUGUUUGCGAUAUAAUACCCGAAGCUGCCAUUAACGAAACUUACCUCAAUCCAUUACUUGAAUGUUUUGUAAAGGGUUUAAAGGCCGAAGCGCGUGUUGCUGCUAAUGUAUGUUGGGCUUUUAUUGGACUUUCCGAUGCCGCAUAUGAAUCAGCUGAAGUUGUUGAUGGCGGAACUCCAAAAACUUAUUGCUUAUCACCAUAUUUCGAAUAUAUUGUUACACAACUGUUAGAAACAACUGAUCGUCGAGAUGGAGCUCAAGCAAAUUUACGUGCUGCUGCUUAUGAAGCUUUAAUGGAUAUGAUUAAGAAUUCACCUUUAGAUUGUUAUAUUGUAGUUCAACGUACUACAAUCGUUAUUCUUGAACGUUUGAAUCAUGUUUUGCAAAUGGAAUCACACAUUUCAAGUCACACUGAUCGUCAUCAAUUUAAUGACUUACAAUCUUUACUUUGUGCCACACUGCAGAGUGUAUUGCGAAAGGUACGCGAAGAAGAUGCACCACAAAUUUCCGAUGCCAUUAUGACUGCUUUGUUAACAAUGUUCAGUACAGCAUCUGGUCGCGCGGGUGGCGUACAAGAAGACGCUUUCCUUGCUGUAUCGACACUAGUCGAGCUACUUGGAUUUAAAUUUGGUAAAUAUAUGGAGGCUUUUAAACCAUUCCUUUAUAUGGGCUUAAAAAAUCAUCAAGAAUAUCAAGUAUGUUGCGCAGCAGUUGGUUUAACUGGCGAUAUAUGUCGUGCUCUAAAACAUCUUAUGUUGCCUUAUUGCGAUGAAAUUAUGACCUUAAUGUUGGCAAAUUUAUCUGAACCAAAUUUACAUCGAAGUGUAAAACCACAAAUUCUUUCAGCUUUUGGUGAUAUUGCCUUAAGCAUUGGGGGAGGUUUUGUCAAAUAUUUAAAUGUUGUAUUAGAUAUGUUGCGAGCUGCUUCCACACUUCAGGUUGAUCAAAGCAGUUACGAUAUGAUUCAGUAUAUAAGUGAACUGCGUGAAAGUGUGUUGGAGGCUUAUACAGGAAUAAUACAAGGUUUAAAAGGCACUGAACAGGCUCCACAUCCAAACGUGAUGCAUCUUGAACCUCAUCUUGCACAUGUUAUUAAUUUUAUUAAAUCUAUUGCCGUUGAAGGUGAAAAUUCUGAGUCAAUGGUAGCAAGUGCUGCUGGUUUCAUUGGUGAUUUGUGUUCUGCGUUUGGUCCUAGAUUGUAUCCACUACUUGAUGAUGUUGCUUUAUCACAAUUUCUAGCGGAUGGUAAAAGAUCAAAGGCACAAAGAACGAAAUCUCUUUGCAAUUGGGCAACAAAAGAAAUAAAAAAGUUGCGCGAUAGCCAUUCUAUUCCUCAGUAAACAUCGUUUCAAUUGAUAUAAAAUUUAGUCUAGUAAUUGUUUUUCAUUUUUAAGAUUACAAAUUUUAUAAUUUAAGAAUAAUAAGAACUUAAAAAAAAAUUUAUAAUUAAACAAACGUACUUUGAAAAAGUGAGACAAACCCACGUAACAGACCAAUUCGUUAUAAGGCAAAU